GUCAAGAGUGCGCCAUUGUGCUUCACUCUGUGUCAGCUGGAGGUGUGUAUUGUGCUAAAACAGCAAGAGCCCGCGCUGCUGCCUUGGGUUUGGAUUAUCCUGGAGUCCAUGGAGCCCCUGAUUUUUACAGACCAGCUCACCAUGCGAUGCACCCCGAUACGAUGCCAAGACUUCAACCUUAUGAAAACUAUGAUCCUGAAUGGUAUGAGACUCAAGCUAACAUGCCCUCCUACAGACAAAAUCAACCAGGAGUGAGAUCCUUACAUGACAGAGCAUAUAAACAAGCUUACCCCAGGAGUUCUGAAUCCACAUUUCUACUGAACCAUAGCAUUUACAUCCCAGUUCAAAGUCAAUUCACCAUCAACCAAGAGCUCAGCUUUCCCAGAGGACAGCCAGUCAGUAACCCCAAGUCCAAUUUUGAGGAGGUCAAGCAUGUUGCCCCACCAACACAGGCUGAAGCCCCAGGCCAGUCUGACCUUGUGAAAUGGGAUCCUCAAGGUCGCAGAAAGCCGCUCUCAUUUGUCUACAAUAAGCAUGACCUUGUUGUUGAUGAAUCUGUCCCAAAUAGACAUGGCAUGUCUCUGAGUGGACUCCCCCUGCCCCAAAGCAGGGGUCGUGGCACUUACCAAAAGGGUCUAGCUGGAUUUGGCCUGGAAGGAGCAGUUCCUGUCCUCGCUUCAUCUCGUUUCCCCAAAAAAGGUCAUGUCAGAACGAUGACUAGCCAAAGUCCUGUGUUUGGUAGACAGGAAAGGAUUAGGCUCCCUGACCAUCUUGCUGAGUCCCUGCACAGAAACCUCAAUGUCAAACAGUUUGUUUAAGGUACCCCUGUUCUUAGACGUCUGAUAAAAACCAAAAUCAGACAGAAUGAGUUCUUAAACAAAAGGGUCUGACAUGGAGCUCAGCUGUCUUGUCAAAUAGUGUCCCUGUGAGGAGUUCUUAAAGCAUUUUGUAAAGCAAAGCAAUGUGAUUUCAGAAUCCGUUUGAUUUUCUCCAACUUCUACUGAACAAAAGAGUGUCCAACUUCUCUGUGUACAAGCUCCUGCGCUGUUUCUUCCUCACUUGGAUCUUUUAAACAAGACAAACAUACAUUCCUCUUUGAAUAUAAAAUUUACAAAUGAUUAUAAUUCUCAGUGCUGCUUCAGUGCUUUUUUUUUUUUUCUCUGCACCUCAUCACAAAUGUCUCACUGAGGUCUGGAUGUUACCAGAGUGCCAUCUGUUGGUUCUAAUGGGUACAUAUCCUUUUGGCUCAC